AGACUAACACCGGUAUCUAGAACAUGUAAAUAUAGUCAUUUUUAUUUUUUUAAGGAAGCGUGGAGCAUUUUAUACAGUCAAUUUUUAUUUAAAUGCUUUGUUUUCCACAUAUAUAAGAAGUCGAAUUUCAAAUAGAUCUUAAAAAAUUUUCGUGUAUUAUUUUGUUUGUUAACUAUGAUACAUAAAAGGGUACAUUAUCACUAUACCAUUAUGAAACAAAUGGUUUAAUGAGGAUAAUGUAAAAUAAUUGAAAAUAUUUGACUGUUCAAAAUUGAAAACAUCUUGGGCUUAUUAGGUGGGAAAUAUAUCGUUAUUAGACCAAUAAUAACUAUAGAAUAAGCUAAAGUGGAUAUUAUGUGGGAAAUAUAUUAUUUCUGGUACCUAUGAAAUCUGCUAAAGUAAAUCUAUUGAGAUUGCUUCCCAUAUUUGAAUUUUUCUUCCCAUUUUAAUAAAUAAAUAUCAGCGGUUAGAUCACCAUCUUUUUUAAAAAAAAAAAAAAAUCAACGGUCAGAUCAUUCUUUAUUCUCCUUUAAAAGCGAUUUUAGAUCUAGCUUUGUUAUUUCACAAUUAUAUUUUCAUAUACACAUUAACAAAAAAUAAGAGGGGAAAAUGGGUCGUCGAAAGCUUGAAAUGAAGAAAAUAGAGAAAAGCUCAUCAAGGUUGGUCACUUUUUCAAAGCGUCGAUCAGGCGCUUUUAAGAAAGCAAAUGAGCUUUCUACCUUGUGUGGAGCAGAGAUUGCAAUUAUUGUCUUUUCUCCCGGAGGAAAACCUUUUUCAUUUGGAAAACCAAAUAUUGAAACUGUGGUAAAUCGAUUUCAAAAUAGAAAUCAAAAACGAAGUAGAAGCCAUGAAAAUGGAUCUCGUGCAUCGAACAAGAAGACUCAAAAGCGAGUUCAAAAACUCAACCAUGAACUCAUCAAUCUGGAUGCUCAAGUAGAGUCUGAAAACCAAAAAAAUGAGAAAUUUAACCAAUGGGGAAACAAUUGUUUGUUUGAGGGGAAACAACCAAUUGAACAACUUGACUUAAAUCACCUGAAGAUAUUUAAGAGGCAACUAAAUGAUUUGUGCACCAAUUCACAUAGCCAGGUGAUGGAAUUUCAAGCAUCGCAAUCCUUAUUGCUUUUGGCAAAUAUGGAGUAAUUCAAUUCUAGAUGAUUAGCGAAAAAAAACUUGGUUACUAAAUAAAUUACUAUCUUAGUUCAGUAGAAGCCAUGAAGGCCAUGAUCAAUAAAGUUAUUUAAAUGUUUAUUGUUUUUCCUUUGAAUAGUAAUAUUGUAAUCAUAAUUUUCAUGAGAUCAUAAUAUAUUUGAGUGUUGAAUUUUAAGCUUAA